AUGACCUAUCUGACGAAGCUGACUCAGCAGAUGAAGCAAGAACUGCGCCUGAUACCCAUCAAAGGCCAGCACCACCAACAGCAGCAAGAACGCAGUCCAACAGACACCAAAGGCCAGCAUCAUCAACAGCAGCAAGAACAGCGCCCAAUAUACCACAAGGGCCAGCAACCGCAUCAACGACCGCAGCGUCCGAUACACAUCAAAGGCCAACAGGAGCAUCAACGACCGCAGCAUCCACCACACAUCAAAGGCCAGCAACACCAUCAACUACCGCAGCAUCCCCAGGAACCUCAAGAACCAGAAGUCAUGCCGGAAACUUACGGCUACUAUGGCGGUAGCGAGGAUACCGAGGGCCAGGAUAUGCGGCCCCUCGGAUCGGCUGAUCAGGAAGGCAGGAUAGAAAGAGACGACAUCUACGACGCUGGAGAUUACGGAGAUAACGGUGAAGAGAGGAAUGAUGAAGCAUCGUUCGAAGAAGAAAAGUAG